AUGGUUCCCGCGCGCAUACAAAUGUACAUACUUUCACUCUUUGUUAUUAUAGUCACCAUAUUGAAUGUAGGGGUGGCAAAUUUAACGCUACUUGCUAUGGUGAAAGAACACCCCGGUAACCUAACCGAAGUUACCAUUACAUGUAGUGCACAGGAAAAUAAAUCGACUUCGAGAGAUCCUAACAACUAUGGGGGAAGCUUGGAUUGGUCAGACGAUGUACAGUACUUCUUCUUGACGUCGCCUCAUUUUGGUACCAUAAUUUCGCAAGCUUUCGGAGGUUACGCAACGUACAAGUACGGUUCAAAGAAGGUGAUCGGGAGCAGUUUGUUCACCAUCUUCGUAUGUAACGUUUUGGUUGCAUUUGCCAGUAAACUUGACUAUCAUGCCGCUAUUUUUCUUCAGUUCGUACACGGAUUGGCACAGGGGCUUGUGUGGCCUGGCCUAUUCGGUCUGAUACCAUCGUGGAUUCCGAUUCAUGAACGAAGUAGGUUUUCAUCCUGCUUUCAGGGAUUUUUCAUCGGUAACAUGCUGAAUCAACUGCUACCUGGUUUAACUAUAGCCUUUGUUGGAUGGGAGUAUACGUACGUUAUCGCCGCAGCUCUUGCGCUGAUAAUGUGUAUAUGUUGGUGUUUAUUAGCGUAUAACAAGCCAGAGUUGCACCCAAGUAUUACUUUGCGCGAACUUGAGUAUAUUAAGAGCAAUCGCGAGAUGCUGAGCGUUUACAGUUAUAAAGUCCCAUGGGAUUCCAUGGUUUGUUCUUUACCUCUGUGGGCAAUUGCAUUCUCGGCAUUUGGUAGAAUGUGGGCACUUGCAGUUAUAAAUAUAAGUGGCCCAUCGUACUUAAAAAAUGUCAUUGGAUUAAACGUGGAAAGGAACGGAGAAUUUGCUAGUGUAAUUUGUUUGGCUGCCUUCAUUUCUUCAUUGAUCUUCUCAUACAUGGCGGAUAAAUUGCGAAUACACAACGUUUUGGACUUGCUGACCAAUCGAAAAUUAAUGUCCGCUGUAGGUCACAUACCAUCGGCAUUGCUAAUGAUAUCAUUGGGGUAUUUGCCUUGCGACAUUUCAGCUCUUUUGAGUGUGUGGGCUCUUAUCAGCAUAUUCCUGCCGGCAAGCUUUUCGGGGGCUAUGGUUAACAUAGUGGACAUUGCACCGAACUACACUGCUCCGGCAAUUAGCUUAGUUCAGAUGUUUUCGGUCGCCUCUAACGUGUUAGCCCCGAUGGUAACGAAGACGCUUUUACAAAACACGAACGUCUUGAAAGGCUGGAAGUACAUAUUUACAAUAUGUGGCAGUAUAGGAAUUCUCUCCUGUAUAUUAUUUAUUAUUUUCGCAUCAUCUGAGGUUCAAAAAUGGGAUAGUGUGGACAGCAAGAAAGAUACGAUAACUGCAGAUGAAGGGACUGAGUUAAUCGAAAAAUGAGCAUGUCUAAUCUAGUACUCUCAUGAAAACAUAUCGAAAUCCAAAAUGAGAACCAUUUCGUUGAUAGUUGAUCCAACUGUCACACUUGGUGUAUGCCACCAAUUUAGUACCAUAGGCUCAUGGAAUUGUAACCUCCCUGUUUCGUUGCGACCCUGCCUCUUGUAUAAGAACAGAUAAUCCCACGACACUUUCAAAACGAACAAAACACACUAGGUAUCUAACUAUUUAUUAUUUACUGUAUAUACUUUAUUAUUUAUUGGUUAACCAAAAUCUUAC